AUGCGCGCUCCAGGCUGCGGGCGGCUGGCGCUGCCGCUGCUGCUCCUCACAGUAGCUGCCCUGGCCGAAGGCGACGCCAAAAGGCUCAAGGAGGGCGAGACCCCCGGCAAUUUCAUGGAGGACGAGCAAUGGCUGUCGUCCAUCUCGCAGUACAGCGGCAAGAUCAAGCACUGGAACCGCUUCCGAGACGAGGUAGAGGAUGACUACAUCAAGAGCUGGGAGGACAAUCAGCAAGGAGAUGAAGCCCUGGAUACCACCAAGGACCCCUGCCAGAAGGUGAAGUGCAGCCGUCACAAAGUGUGCAUUGCCCAGGGAUACCAGCGGGCAAUGUGCAUCAGCCGCAAGAAGCUGGAGCACAGGAUCAAGCAGCCUGCCCUGAAACUCCAUGGAAACAAAGACACCAUGUGUAAGCCCUGUCACAUGGCCCACCUCGCCUCCGUCUGCGGCUCUGAUGGCCACACUUACAGCUCAGUGUGUAAGCUGGAGCAGCAGGCGUGCCUGAGCAGCAAGCAGCUGACGGUGAGAUGCGAGGGGCCCUGCCCCUGCCCCACGGAGCAGGCCGCCACCUCCUCCACAGAUGGCAAAGCAGAGACCUGCACGGGCCAGGACCUGGCUGACUUGGGGGAUCGGCUGCGGGACUGGUUCCAGCUCCUUCAUGAGAACUCCAAGCAGAACGGCUCAGCCAGCAGUGGGGCCCGCCUGGCCAGUGGGCUGGACAAGAGCCUGGGGGCCAGCUGCAAGGACUCCAUUGGCUGGAUGUUCUCCAAGCUGGACACCAGUGCCGACCUCUUCCUGGAACAGACAGAGCUGGCUGCCGUCAACCUGGACAAGUACGAGGUCUGCAUCCGCCCCUUCUUCAACUCCUGCGACACCUACAAGGAUGGCCGUGUUUCUACCGCCGAGUGGUGCUUCUGCUUCUGGAGGGAGAAGCCCCCCUGCUUGGCAGAGCUGGAGCGUAUCCAGAUCCAGGAGGCUGCCAAGAAGAAGCCAGGAGUCUUCAUCCCGAGCUGUGACGAGGAUGGCUACUACCGCAAGAUGCAGUGCGACCAGAGCAGCGGCGACUGCUGGUGUGUGGACCAGCUGGGCCUGGAGCUGACGGGCACCCGCACGCACGGGAGCCCUGACUGCGACGACAUCGUGGGCUUCUCAGGGGACUUUGGGAGCGGUGUCGGCUGGGAGGACGAGGAGGAGAAGGAGACAGAGGAAACAGGCGAGGAGGCGGAGGAGGAGGGCGAGGCUGGCGAGGCGGAUGACGGAGGCUACAUCUGGUAG